AUGGUAAAACAAGCUCACGAUGACAAUGUUCAAAAGCUUUACAAAAAUCAUAAUGACACAUUGAGUUGGCAUCCUCUAUGUAGCACUUGUAAGAACUUGUUCGAAAGCUUGAGGAAGGAACUCACUGAUGUUAUCGGCUUGACCAAAGAAAAGUUGGCUGCAAAAAUUAGAGUAAGUCAAGUUUGAAUAACAUUUUUGCUACCAUUCCCUACAUUAACUUUCUAAGUGCACGGGGACUAUGGCAAAUCGGUUGUUUGGCCUACACAGGCUUCCGACUACGGCCUGAAGUCUUGAGGAGCACCUCAUCACGACUCGGUAGCUCGAGAAACAGGAUCACCUGGAUGAGGCCCAAUUGGGAACAGCUACAACGGAUUGCUCUGACGGUCUUCACCACACCCUUAUCAUCCCCCUCACGUCUUAUAUAUCUUUCGUUGAAAAAUGGAAUAAAUAGUUUUAAAAAAAGCCUAAACUCGCGUAUUAAGCCUAUAAAUUGUGUAGUUAAGCCUAAACUUACGUAAUAAGCCUAAAAAAUGUGUGCUAAGCCUAAACUUAAGUAAUAAGCCUAAAAUAUGUGUGCUAAGCCUAAACUUGCGUAAUAAGCCUAAACUUCUGUGCUUAAGUCUAAACUUGCGUAAUAAGCCUGAAAUUAGGUGACUAAGCCUUGCGCAAUAAACUUACAGUGAAAUGCAUAUGCCUAAGUUUGCGUUCUAAGCCUAAGAUUUACUACCAUAUAUGCCAGGUGCGUUACAAAAAAAAUUGGUCGUUCAGUCAAAAACAGCGAAUUCUUGUCUGAAAGCGCGCAGAGAAAAAAAGACGUUGUUCUCUUCGCGACGAGAGAGCAUGGUCUCUUCUAUCUUUUCAGACAAGAAAUUUGGAAUUCUUGUCUAAAUGCCUUUUAGACAAGAAUUCGCGGUUUUUGACUGAACGUCUCUUUUUUUUGUAACGCACGUGGCAUAUAUUCUACUCUCUUCUUUCCUAACUAAAAUUUAUAAUUAUUUUCAGAGCAUCUGCAAAAGCUUAUCCGGGACCUUAAUGGACAAAGUGUGCAAAGAAAUCAGUAAAAAAGCCGUGGACAUGCUAUACGAUCUUAUUAAAGACGUGGACAAGAAGAUCGACCCUCAAGAUUGUUGCGAAACCAUUCAUUUUUGUUAA